CGCGUUAUCCCGUCCCUGUGAACAGAUCUUUCUUUUCUCUUGCUUCACAUCUCAGCACGUUGACGCCGGCAAAUAAUCAAAGCUACCUCAUCAUUUCUUGACGUCACACCGAUAGUUCAUAAAAGGUUCCGUCGUAUCAUUAGCCAUCAUCUACCUUAUACGACCCUCAAUCAUGGCGACCCAGCGACCCCUCAACAUACCGUUCGCCUACCGCGCCCUCUUUCUCUACUUUGAGCCAUUCGCAGCCUUCGGUGGCUCCGUACUUCUUCACUUUUUCCCUACAAUCUUUCUCAACACCAUGUCCCUGACUGCCAAGUAUGCGCCCGAUAACCAAGUCAUUUACGAUCAGCUUGCCGCGACAUACGUCCUCUUCGCAUUUAAUGAGGCCGUGGUCUUGCGCAUCACCAACGACAUUCGGGUGUGGAGGGGUAUUCUGACGGGAAUCUUAUUAUGCGAUGCCAUACAUCUUUAUGGAAGCUGGGCAGCUCUCGGUAGCGCGGUAUUCUGGGACCCUCGAACUUGGAGGCCCGAGGAUUGGGUAAAUCUUGGCAGCCUAUGGGGACAAGCAUUCGUCCGUCUUGCUUUUAUGGCAGGUGUUGGAAUUAAGCUCGAUACAGCGUCCGAGAAGAGUGAUUAGGUGUUGGUGUUCCUUCGCGUGAAUCUAGUACGAAACAAACAAGGUAGCUGUGGUCUUGGAGUAUUAUGACUUCACUAUCACACUGAAUCACGCGGCAGUCUUGGAAUGAAGUUCCUUGUGAAGUAGCCCGAAGUUAUUUAAGCACUAGGGAGGCAUACAGGUUCAAAACGUAGUGAGAAGCGGUGUGUUUGUUCUCUAUUAUCGGCCAUCGCCACCAAGAAGAUGUCAGCAGACAUUAGUUAUUCCCCUACGCCUCGCAUAAAUCAAGGCAUAUUAUCCAGACCCUGGUGUUCUGUUUGAG